AUGGCCUCCAAAAAGACGGAAAUCAUCCCCUCUAGUUCCUCCCCAUAUCUUUACUCUCCUCUACCGGAAGGCCAUAUCCGCUUACUCCGGCUGAUGCCACAUCAGGAUAGACAUGCCCCAAUACAAUGCCAACUAUUUGACUAUCCUCUCCACGACUCAGCAGUAGGGACCCAUCGAUACGAGGCUUUGUCGUAUGUAUGGGGUGCCCCAGAAAAGCCUCACUUUAUUUUCCUCGAUAAAGGCAGUUUAUCUGUCACCACGAAUCUCCAUGCGGCGUUAUUGCACCUUCGAGAUCACUUUAUUGAACGUGUGAUAUGGAUAGAUGCGAUAUGUAUUAAUCAAAAUGAUACAGACGAACGGCGCGGUCAGGUUCAGUUUAUGGCCAAAAUAUAUGCCAAAGCGAGCUGUGUAGUAGUCUGGCUUGAAGAUGAGGCCACUAGCAUCGAUGAUGACCAGAUUUCCGAUGAAGGCGGUAGAGCCCUGGAGGUAAUACGCAAGGCUGCAAACGCUCAUUAUCGUGUGGGCAUAGACGACGAGAAAGCAGUCCUCGCACUUCUUUGGCGGCCAUGGUUCCGGCGUGUCUGGGUGCUUCAAGAGAUUGCUGCAGCGCGACAUGUCCUGAUUGCAUGUCAUUCCGCCGAAAUUGACGGACAUGCCUUCUCUUCCGGUUUGACAGCACUGCAGGACAUCAUUACCAAUGCAGACAUGCGAAAUCGGAUAGACACGGCAGUCUUUCUAAUAAAAAAUGCGACAUUACGAUCUAAGCGCGUGAUGGCUCGUUCUGAUCGAUUUUCCCUUCACAUACGCCCUAUAGCAGACCUAAUAACCAUGUAUCACAACUGUGAGGCUACUGAUCGUCGGGACAAGAUUUAUGCUCUGCUAGGCAUGAGCUCCGAUACUCAUGCUCCGGCGGCCAUAUUGCCCGACUAUACCGUACCAUGGAAGGAUGCCCUCUGUCGACUCAUCAAGUUUUAUAUUGGUACGCAGGCAUGUGUACAGACAUGGGAUGAUGAGGAUAUUGCAGUGAUCAGGGGUAAAGGCUGUGUUCUUGGCGUAGUUAGUCAGGUGAAGCUGAACUCAUCCAAAGACGACCCAUGGGAUGAUAGCUACGAUGCAUGUGUCACUGUACAGAUGACGGGUGAGCAUUCGAAAGGCGAGGUGGUUCCAUGGGAGUUAAUUAAAUGGCCAGGGUUGGUCAGAGAAGGCGAUAUCGUCUGUCUCUUACAAGGAGCGUCUAGACCUACACUUAUAAGACCAUAUGAUGAUCACUGUGUCGUUAUAACACUUGGCUUCGUUCCGGUCGACGCAGCUCACUCGGCCUUUUUGCCAACGGAACUCAAAUGGGGGAGACUCGAUGGGUGGAACGGCUUUCUACGGUCGGUAGCGGUAUAUACUCGGAAUUUUCUGCUUGUCUGGGACCAUCAGGAGUCCUCGGGAAUACUUGAGAAUGGAAAAGAUAGGAGAUGGCUUAUGGAUAGCCGAGUACCUGAAGAUGCAAAGAAAACGUUGGAAGUUGAAUUGCCCAAGCUACAUAGAUUGCAGAAUCUUGGACUAAUAUUGGUUGAUUCGGAGGAGUUUGAACAGGCGUUGGAGAACUUUCCACAAUCGCUGGACCUCUAUGGCCCGAAAGCCGAGAAGGCCUAUUUACCUAUAUUCACAGAAAUGAUGAAAAUCGCCAUGUCAUCCAGACGUCGAGGUCUGCCCGAGCAGGCGGAAAGACUGGAGAACAUGGUGAAUAUAGCACGAAGACGAGGAGACUUCGCUGUGAUUAAGGAAGAAACCAUAGUUCGAAUGGUGACAUUAUCCAUCGACAAUAUCGGGCUGGUGAGAUUUCUUUUUACUCAAAGAGGGGACGAAGUCCUGAUAACCGAAAAAGUGCUUGAAGAAGCUGCCAGAAAUCCAACCUGCGGCGAUCGACUUAUGACCCUCAUAAUUGAGCAAUUCUUGCCAGAGGUCCAAUUAACAGAAAAGGUCCUUCUGGCAGCGGCGAAAAAUCCACGCCGUGAUAUAAUGAGAGCAAUAUGUAACUUAUGA